AUGGACGGUAUGGACUACGACCCGAUGGUGAUGGACGGGGAGCCGGAGCAGCCCCAGGUCAAGAUCUCAGCGGCCGACAGCACGCGGGUCGACUUUGAGCUGUCCAAGACGAACCUCUCCUUCGCCAACUCGAUACGUCGCAUCAUCCAGGCCGAAGUGCCGACCAUCGCCAUCGACCUGGUCGAGGUCGAGGUCAACAGCUCCGUGCUGGCCGACGAGUUCAUCGCGCACCGGCUGGGCCUCAUCCCGCUCAGCUCCAAGGGCGUCAACGAGCUCAACUACUCGCGCGACUGCGACUGCGAGCAGUACUGCGAGCAGUGCAGCGUCACGCUCACCCUGCACGCCAAGUGCACGAGCGACCAGAUCAUGAAGGUGUACGCGCGCGACCUCGUCGUCGAUGGCCGCCACGCCAGCCCCGUCGGCAGCCCCGUCAUAACCGACCCUGAGGGGCUGGGGUGCCUCAUCGCCAAGCUGCGCGAGGGCCAGGAGCUGAAGCUCUCAUGCAUCGCCAAGAAGGGCAUCGCCAAGGAGCACGCAAAGUGGAUGCCCACGUCGGCCGUCGGCUUCGAGUACGAUCCUCACAAUAAGCUGCACCACCUCGACCUGUGGUACGAGAACAACACCGAUCCGCAGAAGGAAUGGCCCAAGAGCAAAUACGCCGAGUGGGAAGAGCCCCUGCAGGAGGGUGAGACGUUCAACUUCGACGCCAUGCCUGAGCGAUUCUACUUCGAGGUGGAGGCAGCCGGGACCAUGGAGCCCGAUCAGAUCGUGCAAGGAGGAAUAAGAGUCCUCCAGCAGAAGAUUGGCGCCCUCCUCAAGGGCCUCGACCCGAGAAAAUACGGUGGUGAGGAUGCCGACAUGGACGGCCCCCGGAGUCCGGACAUGAACAUGGACGGCGGCACCACGCCCUGGCAGGAUCAGGGAUUCACAACCCCGUACGGCGGCAACAUGACGGCCUACGGCGGGGGCAACACGGCCUAUGGCGGCGCCCCGGGCACGUCUUACGGAGGAGCCGGCACGUCGUAUGGAGGCGGUGCAGGCACGUCGUACGGUGGCGGAGGCUCGUAUGGGAGCACCACGCCGUACGGCCAGCCAUCGUGGCAGUGA